UAUGCUCGCCGCAAACGUUAUCACACCAUCGUACUUACAUAAAUAGUUGGAACUCACAGCGUCGGCGUCAGUCGUCCAUUCCAUCUUUCCCUCUGUCUCAACAGUGUCGCCUCUUCUCUCCUUCUUCUCCACUUCUAAAUAUGAUGUUACUGGGCAGCAUGUUCGCGAUGGCGCUAGCGCUAGCACUGAGCGCGCUAGCGUCGCGCGCCCGCGCAGACUGCGACGCCUGCGUCGCGGGCCAGUGCCACUCCCGCCGGCCCAUCCUCGCGGGGUUCCCCGUCACCGGCCAGAUGACCAUCGACCGGUCACUCAACGUGCUCUACCUGCAGCUCAACUCCAACCAGAACGUCGCCAUCUUCCUAGACGAUCUGCAGCACCGACUGAUUAACAUGAUGAGCACGAGAGGCAUGGACGUCGACCAAUCGUCGCACACUUUAUAUAUGGGUACAGAAGAUGGACCUUUCUAUAGAUACGAUCUAGAUAGCAAUACAACAGUGGGUGUGCCACAGUUAAACAAAGGCUUGCGGUCUAAUAUAAUUAAAUAUUUACGGCACGAUAAACUUGUUUAUAUUGAAGAUUAUGCAAAUAAUACUAGUGUAUUUCAUUUUGUUUCAACGAGUGUUUUUGAUGUGGAUUAUACUUUAUCAGUAAAUUACCCAGUAAAAGACUUUGUUCUUGAUGAUAGGAAUAUAUAUUUCGUUUCUAAUAAUACGCUGUAUGUUUGCGGUCAGAUUUAUACUGGUAGUUACCCACCUCAGCCACCCAAAGAAAUUAUAAGCAAGAAGCAUAUGUCAAUAUCUUCAUCAUAUUUUGAAAACAAUUAUAAAAACGACUGGAUAUAUAUUGGAUCGGCAAGUGAAAAACUUAUAUAUAAACUGAAUAAAAGUACACAAGAACUGAUCAUACACGCUGGGUAUAAGUCUGGUACAGUUCAGGACUUUGUGAUGGGCAAGGAUGACGUUAUAGUGUUCCGCGAGAUGGACGGCAGCGUCGCACAGUGGGUGCCGUCCGAUCGUCGCUGCGUCGUCGAACCGCCGCACGGAGACUUCUUUGUGAGGGAGACGACAUGUCUUUAGAUACCGAAAUCUCUUUUACACCAACGUAUCAUUUUUUUUUAAAUAAAAUUAUGCUACCAUAA